AUGACGGUUAGCAGGCAGCCGUCGACGACGUCGCUGGGCAGAUAUGUUCGCAGCAUGUCGCCCAUGCCACAAGGCGAACGGAACUCCGAUUUCUGUAAUACUUUCUGGGGUGUGGACGAUAUUGGUGUCGGCGUGCUAUUCACGAGGAUGCGAGGCGCCAUGAGAACAAUGGAGGAACUGAGAAACUUUUGGAAAGAACGCGCCACUAUCGAGGAAGACUACGCGAGGCGACUGGCCAAGCUGGCCAAGUACCCAUUAGGCAGAGACGAAAUAGGCGAUAUCCGUAACUGCCUGGAAAUCGUUGUACUCGAAACCCAAAACCAGUCAAAAUUCCAUAAUAGGCUUGCCUAUACCAUUUCAAAAGAACUAGAGGCCAAGGCUGCGCAGUUCCAUACUGACCAGGGUACACAUAAGAAGAACUGGCAGAACCCUAUAGAGAAGGCAUACAAGGCCAAGCAGGCGCAGGAGGGUUAUGUCAACAAGGCUCGCGAAAAGUACGAACAGGAUUGCGUCCGAAUCAACUCUUUCACCGCCCAGAGCACUCUCGUUCAGGGCAAGGAGCUCGAGAAGAUUACACUUAAACUUGAACGAGCUAAACAGACGGUGCAAGCUAAUAAUCGCGACUACGUCAACUUCUCAAAGGCUUACGCCGAUACCGCCGCCAAGUGGGAGCAGGAUUGGAAAACCUUCUGCGAUUCUUGUCAGGAUAUGGAAGAGGAGCGACUCGAGUUUAUCAAAGAUAGUCUAUGGGGAUUUGCCAAUGUUGUCUCCGCUGUCUGCGUAUUCGACGAUAACUCAUGUGAGAAAUUGCGAGUGGCCUUGGAAGAAGCCGAGGUUGAACGGGAUAUGGAGAAUUUCGUUCGUGAUUACGGCACUGGUAGUCAAAUACCAGACCCCCCAGCGCUCAUCGAUUACAAUCGUCCCGAUACCAUCCCCUCGUCUUCGUCUGAUCCGACCUUCCAUCUUGCUGACUUCGUUCGUGUGGCGCGACCGCACAAGAAACGCAAAGUCAGCGAUAAACUCUCCGAAGACGAUCCUCCAAAGUCAAAGCGUGAUGAUUUACAGAGGCAGCCCAGUAGGCGCAGUGUAGCGUCUUCAGUGACUCCUCCACCAGUUGUUGAAGAAGAGCCCAAGGUCAAUAUGGCUGGUUUGGGUGCUGGAGGCCACCGGCAGGCAAGCGAAGACGUGCCGCCUGUCAACGGCGCUUCGUCGUCUGUGAAAGCUGAUGUGGAAAGGAAACCCACAGCAGUAUCACGGAAGCCUCCUCAAGAUCCUACGGAAUCAAUUGCCCCCACUCCACAGACAUUCAUGAAGGUGGGUAAUAAUGCCUAUCCUGUGGAUGUCUCUCGGGAUCCUCAGGAGCAAAGCGGACCGUCUACAUCCAUCGUUAAUAAUCAUAGCCCAUCAAAAGGCGUUGAUACCGAAGAUCCAUUGGCUAAAACUCUUGCCGAGCUUAACAAUGCUGUGUCUACGCAAGGAAGCGCGAGGAGAAACAGUAUGUGGAAAACAUCGCAGAAUGUACAGCAACCCCAACCCCGCGCUGCCGGAGCUCCUCUCAGAAGUUCUGGUGCAUCACCGGCAUUUGGUGGGCCUUCACGACAAGCAACUCUCGCUUCACCGUCCCGGCCAGGAAGUUCCGCUUCCUCGGCCCCUCGCGAUUAUCGCAAUUCUGCGGAGAUGGUUGUGGGCGCUCAUCCCACCGCGUCGCGGCCCGUGUCACCUAGUCCCGGUCCUUCUAAUCCGCCAACAGCUGCAUUCAUGAAGCCCAGAAACUCUCUUGAUCCUUCUGAUUCAGAAGUCAUCAAGAACGUGCUCACGGAUUAUCACCAGUCUCUUCCCGGUGAGCGAAAGUCUACUAGUCGUCGUGGGAGCUAUAGCGCGCCUUCACCUUCACCUUCGACCGAGCAUCAGCAACAGAUCCAGAAUCUUGGACGGCCGCCUAGCCAAAUGGGCCAUGCUGGUGUCGGAGCACACGGAUCCCUAUCCCGAAGCAACAGUCCUCAACCUCUGUCCCGCGGGCCCAGUCCGGCACCUGGAUAUAUCCCUGCGCCACCACCACCCUCGAUCCAGCGUUCGGCGAGUCCCAACAAUGUGGGUAUAGCCCUAGAUCCUUCUGGACGCGUGCUUCACGAUGAUAUGGCUCAAAGAUACCCGCACCAGCACCAGCAACACCAGCAGCAACAACGGCCCCAGGUCCCGCAACAACCUCCGCCCCCACCGAUUCAGCAACAGCAGCCCUCUUAUACUCAGCCAGUUCAGAGACGAAGCAGUUACAUGAGCAUGGGACCGGCUAUACCCCCACCACCUCCUCCGGUGCAGCCAACGUAUACCCCUGGACCUCCUACCGGAUAUACCGCACCUCCUCCGGCUCCGGUCCCGGUCGCAACUUCUUAUCACCAGAUGCAGUACACCGCACCGCCGCCGCCUGCGCAGUACCAAGCCCCGAUGCAGCAGCAAGUAUUCCAGCCUCAGCCCCAAGUGUAUGGUAACGCAGGACAAAAUGGCAUGCAGCGCGCUACAUCGGCUGCUAGUGCUCCUUAUUAUACGAACGGGACGACUACCCCUGGACGGCAGAUGCAUGUGCAAGGUGGACCGGGAUAUCAACAGCCAGCUUCUGUGUAUGGGCGGUCGCCUUCUCCUCAGCCUCCGCCACCUCCUGCGCCUCCACAAGAGGAAACUCCUAUUCUGUUCUAUGUGAAAGCCCUGUAUGAUUAUACCGCUACGAUCGACGAGGAAUUUGAUUUCCAAGCUGGGGAUGUCAUUGCUGUGACAGCUACGCCGGAGGAUGGUUGGUGGAGCGGGCAUCUACUGGAUGAUGCUAGAUCGCAACCGGGCAGGCAUAUCUUCCCGAGUAAUUUUGUGUGUUUGUUCUAA